AUGCCGUCGUCUGUAUGUUCGAGUAGUACGAGUUGUUAUUCUUACACUAGUUCCACAUUUAAUGAUCUUGCAAAUAUUGGCAAAAUUAUUGGUAUUGUCCUUGGAUCUAUAUUAGGACUUGCCAUUUUGAUAUGCAUUAUUGCAAUUAUAUUUUGCACUUUUUGCAAAAGAAAACAUCAAGUACAACUUUGGUCUAAUCCUAGUCAAAGGCCACCAUCCUAUGAACAAUCUAUACCAAUAUAUCCAUAUACUAAUUAUCCACAAGAAUUUAUGGCAUCACCAAAAUUAGACUCGCAGAAGAUAGAAGAAGAACCACCACCUGCCUAUGAAGAAAUCAGCACAAUUGAAAAUUUGACUGAAAGGCUAUAA